UCAAUGGAGGUGGGGAGCAGUGCCGCUCCCUAACACAGUGGCAGAGUGGCUGGUGAAAGGCCAGGACAUGUAAGUCAGCAACUUCCUACAGGGCCCCUUCCCCAGGGCUGGGAGCCAGGGCCUACGUGGGCAGCUUUAGAUAUAGGGGAGGGACCAACUAGGAAAUGGACCAAGCGAGGUUCUUUCUGAGCUGCAGUGUCUGCUCUGAAAAAAUCCAAACAUUUCCUGUUGUUUGAAAAAUCUGCCCCGACGGAGGAUGGAUCCUCCAGAAAGAGGCAAUAGCCAGAAAAACCUGGAUGUGUGGUAACCUGCACAGGGCCUGGCUCUUCUCCAGUAAACCCUGCCCAUGACAGAUGGUCAAAGGGGGUAGGGAUCCCACCUUGAAGGCAGGGUGGGGUGUGUCUCUUCUUCUUGGAGAAGCCUGUCCCUGACUUGCUGUGGCAGCACAUCUCUUCCACCAACCCUACAUCUGCCAACAUGGAGCUAGCUGUCCCUGCAAUCCCUCUUGUUGCGGGUAUCGACCAGCGAGAUGUGAUGUUAUGCGUGGUGUUGUUCACUGGUUUGUAGAAAGGCCUUUCAUGUGGAGCAGUCAGAUUUUACAGUGCUGUGCACUGGAUCUCUGGAACAUGUUUGACAAGCCGAACAAGGAUGCUUUUCAUGUGGUUGCGCGCUUCUUGUUUACUAAACUGGAUCAUUCACGCUCAGUAGAGGCUUUCCGAUUUUGUUGCCCUCCAGCGGAUAAAAAGGGAGAUGCUGAAUUCAGGAAGCAGUGCUGCGAAUGGCUAAAAAAAAUUUCAGAUGAAUGUGGAAACAGUUUUCCCCCUGUUGUAGCCUCACUAUUUCUGUCUCCUGGUGGUCCUAAAUUUAUUCAUCUAAUGUACCACUUUGCAAGAUAUGUAAUAGUACAACAUAUGAAAAAAGAUUGUGAAGACACCAAUGUACAUUUUCCGGAAGCCGUGAAUUCAAGGCCUCAUGACUCAUAUAAGGCAGCAGCAAGAUACAGGGUGGCAUGUAUUAGAUUUUUACAGUCUAUACAAAGGGAAGAUUUUGUAAUUCGAGAGUAUCAAAGAAAAGCACAAUUAUUGACUAAACAAAUACGAGAUGCAAGAUCUGAAUGUGCAGAGCUGCACAAACUGCUUCAAAAAAUGGAGCAAAAUAACCAAAAGCAAAGUAACAAAGCGGAGAGAGCUCAAAAGGUUCGCUCCAGGUGGGCAUCUGUAAUGGAAACCCUUACAUUCUUGGAAAAGGAAAAAGAAGUUGUAGAUUCUGUUGUUGAUGGUCACGUGGACCAGUAUGCUUUAGAUGGAACUAAUGUCACUAUCAACGUUCCAAGGCUGCUGCUUGAAAAAAUUGAAAAUCAAAUGUACAACUUGCAUAUAGGAAAUAUAUAUGAAGCUGGAAAACUCAAUCUGUUAACAGUCAUUCAGUUAUUAAAUGAAGCACUGAAGAUUUUAAGACAUGAACGUCAACAAGUUGACCAUGAGGCACUGAAACUAGAUCUUCAGUACAUUGAAGGGAAGACCAAAUUUCAGAAUAAAAUUUUAUUGGGUCUGAAGUCCAUGAGGCACAAACUGAAGCGAGAGGAUCACGUGUCGAUAGUGGAAUCAAUUGCUGAAAAACAAAGAGAUUGGGAUAUGAAGUGGGAAAACUUCCUUGGGCAGUCUCCCUUUAGUUUAAUUAAAGAUCAGAAUCCAGUACUUGAUUUGUUACCAGCUAUGUCUCCUCUUUCUUUUGAUCCUGCAACAGAAGAGGCUUAUAAAAGCAGUGUCUUCUGUAAAUAUCCAGCAUCAAUUCCAGAUACGCCAAAAAGGGAUUGUCAAGCAAAUGACGAUAAGAGAGAGGAUGCAGCAUUGGAAAGUAUCAUGGACACAACAUCUACAGGAAGGAUGCUCUCACACUUGCAGUCAGCUACACAGAGCUUUCUCACAGCUGAACCCAGCAGUGUGGUACUUGAAAAGGAUGUACAUACUACAACUCCCAAAAGGAAAGAACGGUCUGUUUCUCAAAAAAUCUUAAAAUAUGCAGUUCACAAACCUAGACCAACAGAAGCUUGGAAGAACGAAGACACUCAUGUACUCCAAUCACCAAGUGCAGUUAAAAGAGAAGAUCCUGUUAAGAAAGCACAAGAGCAACUGGCAGAAGAGGUUGCAGAUGUAGUGGUAUCAGAAUCGACUCAGGGCGGUGGUGGAAAAGGAAUGGAGUUAGAUGACCUAAUUGGCUCAUUGGCUUCUAACCCUUUCUUAACAAGGAAACAGAUCCCACGAACUCCAGAAAAUCUGAUUACUGAAAUUAGAAGCUCAUGGAGAAAAGCUAUUCAAGCUGAAGUUCCUUCAGAUACAGAGUUGGUUCAGACUAAAAUGGUGACAAAAGAAGCUCCAUUGGAUCUAGAGUCUGCAAUUUGUAGCCGAAUAGAUACUAGCAUGGCCUGCUUUAUGUCUUCAUCUCACAUGUCUGACCCUAAUGCUUCUAACUUAUUAGAAGGGAAAUCUUCAUUAAGUUGGAUGACACCUGCACCUAAAAAGCAGUUGGUGGUUAGCCACAUCAGUGAAUCACCAACACAGAUACCAGCUACAAGAAUGCCAGAUAACAAAAGAUCUUGGGAGCUUGGAUCAAAACAUACUGUUUCAAGUAAAAGUCUCACAGAAGAUCCAGAAGAAUCUGUCUUUCCAGCUGUAGAUAAGAGCAUGAAUCCUCUGGAUAAUAGUGCAGAGGGAUAUAUUAAAACAGAUGCUCUAUCACCUUAUCUUUGUCAGAAUUCUUCAAUGCAUACAACUCUGUCGUGGGAUGCUUCUCAAAUGGUAAGUGGUACUAGUUCAGACAGUCAUGAAGUUAUCCAGUUUGGAAUACUACAUGAGACUCUUCCAGAGGAACUUGGCAACAUAAGUCUUAAUAGCUCUAAAAGUUUAGAGACUGAUGAUGAAGUCGAAGGUAAUUCAAGGGAUAGCAAGUCCUUAGAAAACAUAGUGAAAAAUGAUUGGGCUGCUCAAGAAUGCAAACUGGAUUUACAGUCUAUUCGCAACAGGUAUGAAGCACUGAAAAAGACAGUUUUUGGAAAUGAGGCAGAUUCAUUUCAGUCACCUUCUAGAAGACAAUUUCUGAGGUGUGGAUCUGAGAGAAACCUUACUCCAGGAUGCACAGAAACAAAAGAAGUAUUUAGUCCUCUAGGAAAACUCUAUGCAUUGGAUGCAGAGUAUAUCAAGACACCUUCACACAUGUCUCUUUUUGAAAGAAGGCAUACUCUUUCUCCACUGAUUGCAUUUUCUCCAGUUCAAGCACAAAAGAAACCUAGAGACUUCCUGCAUAACUUGAAGGAAGAAGAGAAUUUGAAGGAGAAGCUGGAUGCAAAAGAAUCCUCAUCAGAUAUAAAGACACGUAAAGAUGAAGCAGUUUCACACUUAAUAGAAUUAUGAUGCACUUGGAUGUGUAAUGCUUGUGUUCUAAACAAUUAGACUCAUAAUUAAAAUGCUAUUUGUUGUUUACAUUUUUCAAACCCAUUUCAGACUGAAAUUCUGCCAAUACAUACAUUUAAAUGCUUAUUUUAACUAACCUGGGAAGAAAUUUCCUUAGUGUACAGUGUCCAUGAAGGCUCAAUUCUUUCUUUGGUCAUUAGUCAGAGGGACUUGGAGAUUUUUGACCAUUGAUAUGAGAAGACUAGUAGUCGGAUGUGUGGAAUCAAACAUUUUGUUGGAUUGUGUGGUUAAGUCAUGCACACUGAAACGCCUGAGGCUGACGCGACUUCCUAAAACAGUUCACAUUUUAAUCUGAAGUAUUAAAUAAAAAUAAAAAAACUAGUCAAGGACCCUGUUGAAAAAUGACAUUUAACCAUGUGCAUUAUAAGAUAUGAAGGAUAUCAUCCUUUAAUUUUUGAAGUCUAGCAAAAUUGGAACUUUAAUUACCACACAUUGUGAAGGGACUUUGUAGAAGAAAGAGGAUGGAUUCUUUUAAAGGCCACCUCCUACCCAGUUCCCUGUUUGGGAAUGACGUUUGCCUCCCAAUCUGACUUGUCAGGUUUAUUUUAUGGAGGCCCUUGUUGGGGCACCAGCUCUGGUGCUCUAACUCCACAGCAGCAUGAUUCCACUGGUGGUACCCUUGGUUAUAGCAUUGUUUGUCAGGAGAAAUGAUGGGGCUAUUCAGAAAAGGCAUGGAGACCUUUCCAGGUUGGACUGAAGGGGGAUAAAUUUUUAUCCAUUCUGCCCUGGCCCAUUGUAAGCCACAGAAAACUUCUGCAUAUUCAGAUCAAGGUGUGGGUAUGAUUUAGCCUAAUUUAUUGACUUGCAAGGGAAGAGAAUGAAUUUGGUAAGAUGGAGCACUGAUGUCUAUGGUCUCCCAUAAACAAACCCCUUGAUUUAAAACUCUGCCUUUAGUUCUACUUGAACAGUCAUGUCCCCAAAGUGUGGAAAGAUUUAGGGAGAGUGGAGUCAAGUGGAAGAAAGGCAUAUGAAGAGUAGGACAAAGGAAUGCUCACAAACACUGUAACUGAGCCCACUAACAAGAUCAAUUAGAAAUCCACUUGUGGGUUAAAGUAAUUUAGGAUUUUUUUGUCUAACUUUAGAUUUCAUGUUUGACUUUGUCUUGUGUUUAUUUAAACUUUUUUAAAUAGUUAAUUAAAAUGAAACCGUUUUCAGUCUUGUUACAGAAAUAUUUAAUUUUAUAAACUUCAUCCUGCAACCUCA